AUUACGGGAUUUCCAAUCUUGCAAUGGGGUUAUCAUUUAACCAACCUUGUUGUUAAAUUUAUGUAUUGAUUCAGAGCAGUUCGUCUUCGAUAUGAUAGCGUUGUUGGUGAUUUUGUCUGCUUGUAUCCAGUGUCAUUUCAUCGCGGAAGCAUACACUGGACUCGCUUCACCAGAAGAUGUACCCUGCUUGGAAUGUGUUUGUCGAGCUUCCACCGCCUGCAAUGAUAUUUACGAGUGUGCCAAGAAAACAAUAGAUAAGGAAUAUUGGAGUUUAGCCGGGGAAAACAUCGCUGGUGGAGAUGAUAAUAGAAAAAGAGACUCUAAAGUGAACUACGACAAUUGUGUGAAGGAUAGAAUAUGUAUAUUGAAUACCAUGUACUACUACACCAACAGAAUUCUGAGGAGUCUGAAUGGGGACGUGAACUGUGACGGUUUGGUUAACUGUGCUGACAGAUUCGCAGCUCAUGUCUUUGGCCAACUUGCAAAUAGACCAGAAUCCAAAUUCAGUAUUGGAUUGUCCAAACGUUUCGACAGAUGUCAGGGACAUGGUAUCAAGAAUGUGACCAACAGUUGGUUUCCGAAAAAAUGCAGUGAUUUGUGAACUGGAUAUAUUAAAUCUGAGACGAAUAUAAUCGUUGAGUUGGAAUUAUUAUACAUUAUUAUAAGAUUUCUGACUGCCUUUAUCUUUGAUGAUGAGGAGGUUCGAUAAAAAUUUAUAGAAAUAUUUAUAUUUAGUAGUGAGUUUAAAUUAUGAUGGACGCUGGAAACUAUAGGGGAUUCUCAUGUUUCUAUUCGGCGUACCAUAGUCCAAACUCCAAACAUGAAUCAACUAAGCCUUUGAAUUCGAAGAAAUGUUAAGUUUGUCUGGAUAAUUUAGUCAGGAUUAUAAAUAAUUUAAUGAA